GAGAGCCGCAGGUGUGCGGGCCGGGGGUCAGGGGACGAGAGCAGGCCCCGGUUCUCCCGGUGCCUUCGGUCUGUCCACAAAGCGGUCCGGACAGGCUCGUCCAAGACCCAAGGGCAGAAUGCUUUGAACUCCAGGCUGUUUGAAAUCUAGUAGAUAAGCCAGAUUCUGUGUUGCCAUAAGCCCUUGGUUCACAUUUUAAUUGGGAAUGCAGCUAGCUUGGAUGUGAAACUUUUUAGGCACCUGUGUCUGAAUCCCACUGAGGACUACCAGGAGCUGGUCAUCUGUGCACGAUAACCACAGGGCAAAAAUGUUUGCAAAACUAAAGAAGAAAAUUGCAGAAGAGACUGCUGUUGCUCAGAGGCCAGGAGGUGCUACUAGGAUCCCACGGUCUGUGAGCAAGGAAUCGGUAGCCUCUAUGGGAGCUGACUCAGGAGAUGACUUUGCUUCCGAUGGAAGCAGCUCCAGAGAAGAUCUUUCAUCCCAACUUCUGAGAAGAAAUGAACAGAUACGGAAGUUAGAGGCCAGGCUUUCGGACUAUGCUGAACAGGUCCGAAACUUGCAGAAGAUAAAAGAGAAGCUUGAAAUUGCAUUAGAAAAACAUCAGGAUUCUUCCAUGCGGAAAUUUCAAGAGCAGAAUGAGACAUUCCAAGCCAACAGAGCCAAAAUGGCAGAAGGACUGGCUUUGGCAUUAGCCAGAAAGGACCAGGAAUGGUCAGAAAAGAUGGAUCAACUUGAAAAGGAGAAAAAGUUUCUGACAGCUCAGUUGCAGGAAGUGAAGAACCAGAGUUUGAAUCUUUUCCAAAAGAGAGAUGAAAUUGAUGAAUUAGAGGGGUUCCAGCAACAGGAACUAAGUAAAGUAAAACACAUGCUUUUAAAAAAAGAAGAAUGUCUAGGGAAAAUGGAACAAGAAUUGGAGGCACGAACCAGAGAACUCAGUCACACUCAAGAGGAGUUGGUGACUUCCAGUCAAAUGUCCUCUGACUUAAGCCAGAAGCUAGAAGAAUUGCGGAGACUCUAUUCAACGCUGGAAGAGCAGAGAGAUCAUGUGACAGCUUCAAAAGCAGGUGCAGAAAAUAAGAUCACAGCCCUGGAACAAAAGGAACAAGAACUCCAAGCAUUCAUUCAGCAACUUUCCAUUGAUUUGCAGAAGGUCACUGCUGAAACUCAAGAAAAAGAAAAACUCAUCACACAUUUGCAAGAGAAGGUCACAUCCUUAGAGAAGAGAUUGGAACAGAACUUAUCAGGAGAGGAACAUGUGCAGGAACUCUUGAAAGAGAAAACAGUUGCCGAACAGAAUUUGGAGGACACCAGACAGCAGCUCUUGGCAGUCAGAAACAGCCAGGCCAAAGCCAUUGACGUUCUGGAGACUCGGGUGAAGGAACUGGAGCAGAGCCUGCAGGCCUCUGAGGAGCUGCUCAGGCAGAACAGGGAUGUCAUGGCUGCUCAAGAAGCACAGAUCCAGGAGCUCGCCACUGCAAAGCAGGAGAGCAGCCUUGCACAGCAGCAGGUCCUUGCCCUAGAGCAGCAGUGCAGGGAGCGCACCCAUGCACUGGAAGCCCAGCUCGUUGCUCUGGAGCAGGUACGGGCAGCCGACCAGACUGCUGCAGAACAUGGGAUGAGAGAGCUGGAACAAGAAAAUGCAGCCCUUAAAGAAAGCAAAACUGAAUGUGAACGCUCUUUACAACAUCACCAAUUUGAACUAAAGAAGCUAAAGGAAGAAUGGAGCCAAAGAGAGAUUGUGAGUGUGGCCAUGGCUCAAGCACUGGAAGAAGUGCGGAAGCAGAGGGAAGAGUUCCAGCAACAGGCUGCUGAGCUGAGUGCCACAGUACACAAGAAGGAGCAGGCCCUGCAGGAGAAGGCAGACACGCUUCUCCAGAGGGAGCAGGAGGUGCACCAGCUGCAGAAAGGUCAUGACUCUGCCCUGCUGCAGAUGCACCAGCUGCAGAGGGAGCUGGAGGCCCUGAGGAGCUCCAGGACCCAGGAGGCUGCUGUUCAAGAGGACCUGCUGCGGCUGCAGGGACAGGAGCCACUCGUCACCUCGAAAAACAUGCAGCUUCCAGCUACAGAAGAAACACCAAAUGGCGAGGUUGGGGCCAUGGAUCUUGGGCAACUACAGAAGGAAAAACAGGACUUGGAGCAGCAACUUACAGAGAAAAACAAGAUCAUCAAGCAGAUGCAGCAGAGGAUGCUGGAACUCAAGAAGACCUUGCAGAAGGAGCUGAAAAUCAGACCUGACAAUGAGAUUUUUGAAGUCCGGGAGAAGCCAGGCCCUGAAAUGCCAAACAUGGCCCCUUCUGUCACAAAUAACGCUGACCUGACUGAUGCCCGCGAGAUCAACUUCGAGUACCUUAAACAUGUUGUUUUAAAAUUCAUGUCCUGUCGAGAAUCUGAGGCUUUUCAUCUUAUAAAAGCUGUGUCAGUUUUGCUGAACUUUUCACAAGAGGAAGAGAACAUGCUCAAGGAAACUCUGGAGUAUAAGAUGUCAUGGUUUGGGUCUAAACCAACUCCCAAGGGCAGCAUCCGGCCGUCUAUCUCAAACCCUCGGAUACCAUGGUCCUAGAGGGAACCACCUGCACCAGGAUGCAUCUCCAUGGCUUGACACUUUUUCUGUGAAAAGAACACUGACACAGAAGUCUGGGUGGGUUUUUAAUCACUGUAACUGCAGUAUUUUGUACAAUCGUCCAAACAUUGUUUACAAGACUUAAAGCCCACCUCCCUGCAGGCUGACAGGAACCUCAAGAGGGAGCAGAUCCUAUGUCAUCUGGUCACCAAACAGGAGGGUCCUGGCACUACCCAGAUUUCCACAGCUAAUAUCCCAGCUCUGGCCAGCACCCGCCUGCACCUGAGUCCUCUAACUUUUAAUGGUAGCAUUUAAAGCUAAAGUGGUCAGUUUGUCAAGCAACAACCGAUUCAUCGUGUACAGGUGAUGUGAUGCUGGAGGUGAAGACUGCCCUUUGAAAUAGUACCCAGCAGGCCAGAUCCAUCUGCUUCUGACAAAAAGCCAACUCCAUGGGGGUGGGCACUGAAAUUCCCUUUCCAGCCGGACAUGGUGGUGCACAUCUGUAAUCCCAGCAUUCUGGGAAGCUGAGACAGGAAGAUUGCAAGUUCCAGGCCAGCUUGGGCAACAUGGUGAAACCCUGUCCCGGGGCUGUGGGGGAUGUCCCCUUCCGUUAGCAUGUUUGGGUUCAAAUGAGUUAGAUGAGGCUUUUAACCCUUCUAAAGAAAACACCAUUUUACCUUGUUUCCCAAACCACCUAGAACUUGAGAUGUGUACAUCUUUGAGGUACCUGGUGCCAGUGUGGAUUAACAAAGAAUAUGCAGCUUUCUGAUGCCAUCUCCAUUUUACCUUAAAAAACUAGUAGACAAAAAGAUCUAAGUAUAGCACCAAAUACACUCAAUUGCCUUUUUAAUGAAUGUAUUUGUCUUGGAUAGGUUGCUGGUAAACCAUUUCAAACUAUUUUUUAUAGCUAAAGCUCUUCACUGUUGUAAACAUGUCUUCUGUAUUAUAAAAUCCACUUAAGUGGAGGGUUCUUAAAGGAAAAUCAGAGCGUAAGAGGAAACACUGGGAUUCCUAUCCCUUUGUACUUUUGCUAGCCUUCUGUGGCAUCUGCUCUCUGAAGGAGUGGUAGUAUUUCAUUUGCGUUACUCCUAAUUCUGUGUCAUGCUACCACUGAGCAAGAGCAAAUAUUAAUCACUUUUUUCUACUUAAGAACCUCCUGAAUUCAACGGAAGCAGCAUCUGUUCCUUCUCCCCAUCCUUGACCAAAGCAUGCAGGUGGUCUGUCCCUCACCUACCCCAGAAUUUAAGAUGACACUACAUCCACAUAUGGCGGCCAGACACCCCACCUGGCCGCAGUACUUGAUAGCACACCUGCCCUUGGUCAUAGUUGAUAAAAACUUGUGCUUAUUACUACACUUGUUCUGGAUAAGCCACAGUCAACCUAAAGGAAAACCAUUUAUUGAUUUAUAGUUUGAUGAAACUUUCUCUGGUAAAUAAAACACCGAAUUAAUAACUGGAGCUCCUAAACUUAUUAUCAACUAUCUACAUGAAGUUAUGUUUCUCAAUUGUUGCUUAAGACCACUAUAUAUAUAUAUAUAUAUAUACACACACACACACAUAUAUAUAAAAAAUAUCUCUCACAGAAACACAAAUAUUUGCAGUUUACCUACUACAUUUCCAUGAGUGUACCAUGCCUGGACAGCAUCACCUUAACCCAUCUCAGGCUCUGCCAUCCAAACGAACCAUUUUCCAGUACCUACCUCCACAUAUGGCUCUUC